AUGGCCUCCAACGGUACAAAUGGCACCAACGGCAAUACGACAGCAUCGCAACUCCCACCAGAAGCCAUAGCUUUUGCCACAAGAAUGUACGAUGCUGCACGAACCGGACAAGUGGAUAUUUUUGAACAAGCCUUACCUGCUGGCUUGCCCGCCAAUAUGACCAACGAAAAGGGGGAUAGUCUGAUCAUGCUUGCAUCGUACCAUGGCCACGCACCGCUUGUAAGACUGCUCCUCCAACACGGGGCAAACCCGAAUUCUUUGAACGAUAGAGGCCAAUCGCCUCUUGCUGGUGCCGUGUUCAAGGGUGAAGCAGAUGUUAUUGAAGCUUUAUUAGAAGGAGAGGCCGACCCAGAGCACGGCGCACCAAGCGCGAUGGAAGCUGUUGUUUUAUUCAAACAAGAAGAUCGGUGGAGAACAGCUUUUGAGAAUGCACCCGGUCGAGGGAAAACGGUAUGA